GUUGUCUAUAAAAAUCCCUUCACACUUCAAUUGUUCUAACAGCCAUAGCCAUCUCUUAAAGCUUUUUCUCUCUCUCUCUCUCUUUCUCUCCUAAUUUCAGUUCCAAUGAUACUCUCAGAGCCCCCUAAGAGUAACAACACCACCAAAUUAAUGCACAUAAAAGAAUUUUUUGGCUUCUCCCACUCUUCCUCUCCAAAAUCCAUCCACUCCUCUUCUACUUUCACCAACUCUCCUCGUCGGAGACUCCCGCCGCCGACCUAUGACCCAUCUGAGUCCGCUGCCAUGGAAGAGGCCAUCGUAAACUCAGAACCCAUCAUUACGAAAUGGGACCCCGAUGCUUCUGAGUUCAACAGAAUCACCUUCCUCUUCCGCCAUGGCAGAGCCGAAUCUGAGGAGUUUCUCAACUCUGUCAACAGUCUCCGACGAGCAAUGGACUUCUUUAUUUCGGCAAAUUCCACCUCGUCUGUUCUUGUUAUUGCUCAGAAGUUGAUGCAGGCCGCUAUGAGACGAUUGGAGAAGGAGUUUUACCAGAUUUUGAGUGAGAAUCGCCAGAAUCUCGAUCCUGAAUCCAUCUCCAGCAGAUCCUCUGACCGGUCAACGGCCGAAGGGGAAACUGUUGGGGAUUCUAUAACUGAAUUCGAUAGAGUUUCGGCGGAUUUGAAAUCCAUUGCGGAUUGUAUGAUUGAUUCUGGGUAUGGGAAAGAGUGUGUUAAAAUUUAUAAAGUAAUCCGAAAAUCUAUUGUUGAUGAAACUCUGUACCGUCUGGGAACAGAGAAAUUCAAACUUUCGAGAAUUUUGAAAUGGAGUUGGGAUUCGCUCGAGAACAUAAUCAAGAACUGGAUGAACUCGGUUAAAAUCGCGGUGAAUACUCUGUUUCGUGGCGAAAGAUUUCUCUGCGAUCAUGUUUUUUCGAGAUCGGAAAGAAUCAGAGAGUCCUGUUUUUAUGAGAUCACAAAAGAAGGUGCAAUCACUUUAUUCAAAUUCCCGGAAUUAGUCGCAAAAGGGAAGAAAGAUUCCGACAAAAUCUUCAUAUUAAUGGAGCUUUACGAUGCGAAUUCUGACGUAUUACCGGAAAUCGAACUCAUAUUCGACUCUGUCUCAACGUCCGUCAUUAGAACUCAAGCACAAACGUCAAUGACGAAACUCGCUGAUUCAAUCCGCGACAUCCUUUGCGAAUUUGAAUCAACAAUUCAAAAAGAUUCAUCAAAAAACCCAACUCCCGGCGGCGGAAUCCACCCAUUAACCCAAUCAGCAAUGAGUUACAUCUCCUCUCUCGGAGAUUACGCCUCAACCCUCUCCGACAUCCUCACCGUCGAAAACUCCCCAAUUCCGUCGUCAUACAUGGAAACCAUCGCCGCCGACGACGCACUCUCAUCGCCGGUGGCUGCGCAACUGGGCUGGCUAAUUCUAGUCCUUCUCUGUAAACUAGACACAAAAGCCGAGGUAUACAGAGACGUAUCGUUAUCAUACUUAUUCCUAGCAAACAACUUGAAUUUCAUCGUGAAAACGGUGGCGACGACGAAUCUAAAGAUGCUAAUCGGUGGCGAGUGGGUGGCGAAUCAUAGAACCAAAGUGAAGGUGUAUGCAACGAACUACGAAGCGACGGCGUGGAACAGAGUGAUAAAGUCGUUGCCGGAGAGAGGGUCGGAAGAAGUGGGGUCGCCGGAGACGGCGGAGGAGGGGUUGAAGAGGUUUAAUGCGGCGUUUGAAGAGGCUUAUCGAAAACAAACGUCGUGGAGAGUGGAGGACGGGAAUCUGAGAGAUGAACUGAAGGUGUCGAUAGCGAGAAAAAUAGUGCCGAUCUACAGAGAGUUUUACGAGGGAUGUAUUGAGAGAAUGAAUGUGAAUGUGGGCGUGAGAUUUUCGCCGGAUGAUUUGGGUAACUAUUUGUCGGAUUUGUUUCAUGGGGUUUCUUCUUCGGGGAGUUCUUCAUCAUCAUCUUCUUCUUCUGCAUUGAAGAGAUGAGGUGGCAUGGAGAUGCCCACGUGUCAAAUUGUAUAAAAUUUGAAUUUUCUGAGCUGGAUAUGUUUAUUUAUUUUUAAAUAAUAAUACAUAAAGUCAAAAAUGACUUUUGGUUUGCAAA